AUCCCGUCUUGCUUGGCCUCGCGGGGUGAAUGAUACUUUAUUGGUUUAUGAUCAAGAUCGACAUGUAUACGGGUUUCUUUAAAUAUUACAUGACUGCGUCACUUGUUGCAGGUGAUCUUGGAGGCUGUGAGGGACGCUCUGUAUAAAGAAGGACACCUCGCUUUUGCGUCUCACAUUCUAUGCAUAAUGAACGUAUUUUGUGCUCCUUGUGAUUGCAAGAGAUAAUUCACGAUGGAUAAAACAGACCAACCAACUACGAGUCAAAGCGAGCCGUUCAACAGUAGACGAACAACAACUCGAACUGCGCCUCCACUCCCCAAUCAAGGCGAUCCUGCCCCUCCGCCAUACCAAAAGACAGACCCAAAGAUAACCGAUAAAAUAGACGAUAUAACACCAACACCACCCCGCGUUGCAACGCCAGGCCCAUCGCGAAGACCUCCAGCACGAGCCCAACCAAGGGCAGCGAGACCUCAAUAUGCCAUACCAAGGCAACAGACUACGCCUCUGUAUUGUCUUAGCAGCGAGAGACCCCAGCUGAUAGAAUGUCCGUGGUGCGACCGCAUAGCAGUAACUCAAGUCAUCCUAGAAAGCUCGAGCGAUACAAGGGCUGCUGGUGCUUUCUGCUGUUUAUGCUGUGGAGUGAGCGGUGCGCUGAUUCCAUCUUUGGUGAAAUGGCACCCGGAUAUCACCCAUAUCUGCUCAAAGUGCCAUAGAACCGUUGCUUAUAAACCAAAUGAUGGCGGCGUUAACGUCAGGCAGCCUUUCAGGUCCCGGAGAUGAGUCGGAAGGCAUCAUAAUUAGGCUACCAGAGGCUUAGGUGUUGACUUGAAUAUUAGGUAGUGUUAUUAUCGAUGUCUGUCAUUUCGUCCUGGAAAUACUAUUUGCCUUGAUUGUAUAUACAUGAUGAUUCAUGAAACUUGAAUAAUAUAUCCUGCCAUACAGCAUAGAACCUUGUCAAAGGCAUGGACCG